UUUACAACACUAUCCCAACAAAAUGGAGCAAAGCCGAGUUUCACAAUAGUUUCAGCAAAUGUAAAAAAUAUUUCAUAUAUGUACAUAUAUCCCACUAGAACAAUUUUCAGUUAGCUAACGCAUGUCGCAGAUUUUGGGAACUGCCAACUAUCGAGAUCUUGUGAUUUGGAUGAUGCGAAGUUUUCGCUGUAACAGCAUAUUUGGUUUCAAAGAUGGCGUCCACAAGUCGAUUUGACGAUUUCGUCUCAUGUCCGUACAACAAGGCGCAUAUUGUGCUCCGCGGACGCCUGACAAAGCAUUUGGUGCGCUGCAGCCGCAAUCCGGAGAACCUGAACAAAUUGCUGGUCUGCCCCUUCAACGAGAGCCAUCGCUUUGACGCACAACAGUUGCAGGCGCACAUAAAAAUAUGUCCGGAACGUGCCGGCUUAGAGCGGCAUGCACAGAAAGAGGAGCAGCCGCUGGUGGCGGAGCCUGUUAGCCAAGUUUCGAUCGAAUGUGAAGAGGAUUGGGACAACGAACCGGAUGCGCCCACCUACGAUCCGAGUGCCUAUUGUGAGGAGAACUUGGUGAUACGCUCAAGCGGCCUACACGGGCAAUCCAAGAGCGUGCGCCGAGAUUUUCGGGCCAAGGAACGCCGACGUUUUGCUGAAAAACAAUAAAUUCCAGCAGAUUUUAUAUAUACAUAUAGAUUGUAUGCAUGCAUUAAAUAA